CAUCCCAGGAGGGGCCCGCCUUGAUUGUUGUUGCCGUGAUACGACAGUCAUUUGUUUUGGAAGGAAGAACGAGACAAGACACGAACGAGACGGACGAAACGUUCGAAACGUGGCGUUCCCCGACUCGCGCGCGGCCGUUUCCACGUUCGAUCAGCCCGUACCGUAAGUCUACCGGCGACCCGGUCGCGAGCGAUGUACGAGGACUGCGUGCUGCAGUCGAUGCGGUUCCCGCAGAAGCUCUGGCGGAUAGUGAACGAGUGCAAGACCGGGGCGAUCCGCUGGAGCGCCAAGGGCGACAGCAUACUGCUCAACUACAAGAGGUUCCAGGCGGAGUAUCUGGACGCGCGCCGGCCCAUCUUCAAGACGAGCAACAUCACGAGCUUCAUCAGGCAGCUGAAUCUCUACGGUUUUCGCAAGAUCAUGUGCCACGGCCGCGACCUGGCCUGCAACUCCUGCAACCCGCACUUGCACGAGUUCCAGCAUGAGAAUUUCCGCGCCGAUCGGGCGGAUCUGCUGUCCAAGGUGUGCCGGAAGGCCGGCGGGAAGGUCCGCGGGUGCUUGCAGCACGAGGCCGCGAGAGAUGCGGAGGAGAGCCCGCGAUCGGAGGCGAAUCGCGUAUCUCGCUUAAAACUAUGCCAGCUGGCUCUAACUAAAACUUUGGAGCAAAUUAUUCAAGAAUAUCGGCGGGAACACGAUCAGGAAAAAAAAUCGAUUGUAAUAAAGGAUAAUACUCCAAAACGGAUAGGGAACACUCAAGACGACACAGUUCCUGUUUUGUAUGAGAUUGAAUUCAACAAUGUUCCAAAUCGGAAACCUACUAUAGAACGGAGUAUGAAAUAUUCGACGUUUCUUUCUACAAAGACCGAUGCAUCGUCCGAACGCAAAACAAUCUCAUCACCUUGGCGCAUUACUACGCUAGAUAAACGCGGUCUGCACUUUAAUAUUCAAAACAGUCAUUGAAAUCAGUGUAGAACUACUGAUUUCAAUCUUCUUUUAAGCAGUAUUUAUAUUACUUACAAUGUAAGGUAUUAUGAUAUUAUAUCUGUUGAAUUAUUUAAUAUAAAUAAUUAGUAAUUCGAGAUUAUUAAUCCGAGAUAAAGUUGUAUCCCGUAAAUACAUUGAAAAUACAUUGGUCCAAUAUUGCGUCAAUAAAUUUACCAAUAUUGUGCUAUGUAUUAGGAAUGUUAUUUAAUUAAGCAGCCAUUUGCAUGCUAUUUAAGUUUUGUGUGUAUGUG